AAUAAUACCUACAAACAUAAGAAAAAUCUUGUUGGAUUUUUAUACAAUCUAGGAUAAUUAUACAAAUGGCUAACGACGAGGGUCGCCAGCAGGCGUUAAAAAGAUACCGGUUAUUAACGGCGAUGUUGGGACUCCUUGGUGCCAGUUUGCUAGCAUUAGGUAUAGCGGCUGUCGUCAUUACAGGCUCUAACAGCACUGGGUUACCAUACUUUCUCGGCGGAUUCAUAGUCGGAAUAAUGAAUCUAGGUGCUACCGCAAUUUGCACGUGCAUAUUACUUAAGGCUCCAGGUGCGGACACUUUCGAAAAACGACUAAGUGUAGGAUGCGCAAUUCAGGGCCAAUAUUUUCUGGCAGCGUUUACAAUCAUGGGUUGUUUUAUAGGCUCUAUAUUUGCUGGUGUUGGGGGAAUCAGUAAAGGAUUAUCAACAUAUGACUAUGAUGAUGAUGAUAAAGAUGAUGAAGAAGAGUUAAUGAAAAAAAGACAGCUCCUGGCAACUCUCAUUCUAGUUGGAUGCAUCUUGGGACUAUUCGCGACAAUAUUCUCAAUGUGUACGGUGUGUACUUAUAGCUCCUACUUCGGUGUUGUCAUGAAACGUAACAGACGCGGGAAAAUGACGCUUAUUAAUACCGGUCAGUUACCAGGUGAGACAACAACGACGUCCAAUCAAAUGAGUACAAUUCAGAUAACAAGAUCUCUACCGGCACCAAAGAUGAGAAAUAACCGAGUUGAUGAUCUAGAGAAAGAAAACCGCUUACUGCAGCAACAGCUUGAACUACAAAAACAGCUAAAUGAACAAAAACAACAACAACAAAUGCUGCAGCAAACUCAGUAUUCUGAUGUCUACCCUCCACCACCUCCGUCAUACGAUGUAGUUUACCCGCCCCCUCCAAACUAACUAACAACAAAAACAACAGCAAAAGCAACAACAACAGCAGCAGCAGCAGGAGAUGAUGAAAUAUGCAAUUACAAAAACGAAAAUGUUCAUAAAAAUAUGAAAUAAUAUUAAAUUAUAUAAAAUAUGACAUGAAAAUAUGAUAAUCAGUCCUAAAACUUUGAUUUAAACUAAAAUCAUAAACAACCAUACAAUAGUCCUUGCAUAUGAUGGCUUGUAUUAUGUAUUUAAUUUGUAUUGUGUUAUUACUAAAAUUAUUCUGGAAACGUUCACAAGUUUGUUUGUUUCAUUCAACAGUAUUUCAGUCAUAUAGGCGAGUAGUUUUCUAACCAUCGUUCCUGAAGAGUUACACCAGUACUAAACUACCUUCCUCCGUGCUAAACUACCAAAGUAUCUCCCAAGGAUCGAACCCACGCCAGACAGGUAACUGGAUCAGAAGUCAUCGACUCUAAACCCUCGACCACGGAGGCAAUUGGAAACGUUCACAAGAUAAAAGCCACAAGAUAAAAGCUGGAUGUUGGAGGUAUAUGAACUUAAACAGAAACUGUUACAGAAACUAUACAUGUGGUUGACAUAAAUUACAUUAAAGGGGUGAAGAUUCGCAAUGGCUUAUUUCUGCAAACUUUUGUGCAUAAAGAAUCAACAAGAUCUCCGUAGACCGAUACAAAAUUUUGUUAUGUAAGUUAGUACUGUCAUAGAUGUCCACUUUUAGUUCUGUCAAGAAGACCAACACAAAAAUGGAUUUUCCACUUCAUGUCAUUAAAUUAGAUAGGUAGGACCUAAAAAUUAAUUAUCAGGACCUUUAUUCAUUUCACGAUGGAACAAUACUAUGAGAUAGUAGUGAAAAAAUUAAAUAAGACAAGGUUAACAUUAGCUGACACUAUGUUCCGUAAGGGAUAAGAGAGGAGGUAUCUCAAGGCCAACGCAAUCAAAAAAAAUCUGCCGAAAAAAAUCUUAUCUGUUGUCAUUUUUUUCAGUGACAGACAAUGAAAUAUUCAAUUUUUACAUAGUUUGAAAACCAUCAUAAUUAUUAAGCUCUUUGUAAAAGGUUAGGCUUAUAAAAUAAAAAUGCUAAGACAAAGAUAGAACGUGCAAUUAAAACACAUUCCAAAACGAAACUUUUGUCAUGAAAAUACCUUAAAAUACGGUUCAUGAAAAUUGAUAUUUUAUAUGUGUCAUUAUUAUUGUUAUCAAACUAUCAAAUACAAAAACGCCAAUGAAAAUGAAUAUAAUAAUAUUCUUUGAAUAAUGCAUUUUGUUUAAUGAUGGUAAUCAAAAUUUUAUAAUAAUGAUACAUUUUUGUUUCAAUAUAAACAAGGAUCUAGUUAAAGCUUACAUGUCGCUUCCACUAGUUCAAACCAAUAAUAUCAACUUAGUAAAAUCAAAGGGCUAUAAGCUCUGUGGUAUUUUCUGAUCUUUGCAAUCUAUAUCGUAAUGUAUAUCUGUAUGUAUUUUCCUGUAUAAGUUUAUUUUUAUAUACUACAAUUCAUCUUGCAGAGCAACGAGAUGCAGCGACUGCGUUUAGAAUUUUGUUAACUAUAACAGUUUGAGUUUGAUACAUACGAAAUUUUGCAUGACUAGAAUUGUAUCAAAACAUCAUUUAUGCUCAUUUGUUUAUGACAGUCACACUUUAUCUAUGCAUAUCUUGGCUACUUUCUUAAAAAAGACACAAAAAAAAAAAUAAAACAAUAAAUAGUUGCCUCGACUUGGAUUUGAACUCCAGACCUCUCACACUCUAAACCGGCACCACGGGAAGUUAUAC